GUACCCGCGACACAAUUAUUACGCUCAAUACCAUCGCAAACAUCCUAUGGCCACUUGACUUCGACGGAGAUACAGCUGUGCUUUUUCGCUAUCGUGAACGUCAUUCCAUUCCUUCACACGUCAUUCAGUCACUCUUGAAGGCCAUUCCUGGCCAGUCGCCUAAACGUCUUCUCGAUAGAAUCCUACAGCAGUUCUCGACGCAAACUCUAGGAGACGUCUUCGGGAUCAGCAGAUUUCUUAUGGACAUCGCAAAGUUUUGUACAGCUGACAACCUCCCAGACGUCGCGGUUACGCUGAUGAAAACGCUGUGUCGUUCUCACGCGCUCUUUGCGACGACCUUUUCGAUUGUUAUCGAUCCAGAAAUGGUGAUGGAGACGGAGGGCAGCUGUGCAUAUACUUAUCUCUCCAUGCUCUUGCGGUUCGUCGAAGUGAUGACCAACCAUGUCUCCACAAUAUGCCUGACGGAGAGCGAGCGGUACCUUCAAAUUUGCCGAAAGACUCGUAUGUUUGACGCAUUUGAGCGUGCUCUGGAGAAUGCUCAUCUUUCGCCGGACGUUAUUCGUAAGAAUGCGCCUAUUCCUUGCUUUUUAUGGUCAAAUGUACUAACCGCUUUCCUCUUCCAAGGUUCCGUGGUAUCCAUCCUCAUGGGUCUUCGCUCCCUGCUAAAGGACAACCCGCACCUCAUCUCAAUCAUUCGUUCCGAGUUCCCUCGCCCUCGGAUUCUCCACGGACUUCUCCACGUCACGUUUGGUGUCCCACACUCUGAUACGCUCUCAUGGUUUGUGCGGACCCCGAGCGUGCGUCAGCCGAUCCUCAUGUCGUGGCUCCUCGGUUAUUGGGCGCUCUAUGCGUUGUGUGAAGUCGACGGAGACUGCAUGCGAAGGGUAUGCAAGUCUCGUAGGAGAAAACGAUGCAAGGCGUGUAAGUGGACCAAGUAUUGCGGGGAAUAUUGUCAAAAAGAGGACUGGGAGGAGCAUAAGCUCAUCUGUGGCCUAGCGUUCGACGAGCGAGCUCAUGCUACCAUUCGGCAUUACAAAGACCUUGUAGAUACAGUGACAACUCCUCUCCUCCACUCUGUAUGUCGUUGUCAAAAUCUGCCUAGCGCCUUAGCUGUGCGGUUCACGCUUUCGGCCGUAGCUGCCUUGCUCUCCUUUGUCGCGACGGCGCACGCUGCUGCUGCCAGUGCCGCCAUCGUUGAGAGUGCUGCCGUUGCUGCCACCGCCACUGCUGCCCUCGACGCUCGGUCCACCGCCCCCCGGCAACUCCGCAUGAUAGGCGGCAAAGGCCAAAUCACCUGGAUUCUCGACACGCACGUCGGUCAAACAGUGUCGAGCAUGGAAGGCGUCGCGUACUUCACCGGUGCCGCGCUCCCUACUUUACAAGGCAAUGGGACCUUCAAUUUGACGUUGCCGGAGGGGGGUCAGGUCGUGUUGAAGCUUUUCGAUGAGUUGGGGAAUCAGGUUGUGGAUUGGGAUGGGAGCGGGAGGCAGACUCCUGCGGGGAGUUUGCUCCCUGCCGCGGGGGCUAGUAUUGCGGGGACUUGGGCUUAA